AUGCCUACCCUCGACACCAGCAAUUUCAACAUUGUGGUCAGCGUUCUCGGAGGAUGGAUAUCGCUGUUUGGCCUGGUAUCCUACCUGCUCAAGGAGAACUUCUACCUCUCAGAAGCCCUCAUCUCACUCCUCGCUGGCGUUGCCUUUUCGCCACACGCUACCAAUUUCAUUCGCCCGCUUGACUACGCGGGCGCUUCUCAGGAAGAUCUCAACACCAUCACCCUGUACUUCACCCGCUUGGUCCUUGGUGUUCAACUCGUGUUGGCUGGCGUCCAGCUGCCAAGUCGCUACCUGAAGAAAGAAUGGAAGCCACUGUCUCUUCUCCUCGGCCCUAUCAUGACUGCAAUGUGGGUGGCCACCAGCCUCUUGGUCUGGGCGCUGGUACCGCAUCUAUCCUUUCUCCAUGCGCUCGUCGUUGGAGCUUGCGUGACACCUACCGAUCCUGUCUUGUCAAACGUCAUAGUGAAGGGCAAGUUCGCCGACCACAACGUUCCAAAGGACCUUCAGAAGAUCAUCAUCGCCGAGUCUGGAGCCAAUGACGGACUCGGUUACCCAUUCCUGUACCUCGCUCUGUAUCUCAUCAAGUACGUUGGUGAUGGUGGAGUGCAACAGUCUGGAGGUGGUGGCCUCGCCAUUGGCCUUUGGUUUGGAGAGACAUGGGGAUACGUGAUCAUCCUGAGUGUGAUAUACGGCGCGGUUGUGGGAUGGAUCGCGAAAGAGCUCCUGCACUUCUGCGAGGAACGCAAGUAUGUGGAUCGCGAGAGCUUCUUGGUUUUCGCCCUCUCUCUGGCCUUGUUCAUCGUGGGGACCUGCGGUAUGAUUGGCAGCGAUGACAUCCUGGCUUGCUUCAUUGCCGGCAACGUGUUCACGUGGGAUGACUGGUUCCGGCUGGAAACACUUGAUGAGCCCACUAUUGAUAUGUUACUCAACGUAACCAUCUUCAUGUGGUACGGGGCCGUUUGCCCAUGGCACAGCUUCCUGGCAAACGAUGUCAUCCCGAUAUACCGGCUCAUCCCACUAGGAAUCCUGAUCCUGUUGUUCAGGCGUCCUCCCUUCAUACUGGCUCUACACAAGAAGAUCCCACAGAUUGAAGGUAUCCGACAUGCCACUUUCAUGGGCUUCUUUGGCCCUGUUGGAUGUUCCGCCAUCUUCUAUCUUUACAUUACUCUGGAGUUCAUCGAUACCCUGAACCCUGACGGCGGAGACGAACCAAGGUCGGAUGUAGCCAACCUGGGGGAGGUUGUCAAUGUCGUUGUCUGGUUCAUGGUCGUCUGCAGUGUUGUUGUCCAUGGGCUUAGCAUUCCUCUGGGCAAGUUCGGCUUCUAUCUACCUCGAACCAUUUCAAGGACUAUGACUUCGCCAGGGGGUACAGAUGAACCAUUUCAGAUUCGGGGACGGAUCAACGACCUAUUGCCGCGGAGCCUCUCUAGAGCCGGCACAGAAGGCAACAACACCCCGAUUGAGUCACGCUCGACUUCUACCCGGCCUGUAUUCAAGAUUGGCGGCUCGGUCAUUCCACAAGACGAGUCAGGCAGGCCAUCGCAACAGUUCGCGCCCAGAGACAGAAUGGAUGUGGACGGCACUUCUACCCCGGUCAACGUCCAACCGCCCAACCGAACAAUUCGUUUUCCCGACGAGGAACCGGCGCCGGGAUCUAACGAGCAGUCUCAAGAAGCCGCGAGUAGCGCUUCCUCCUAG